AUGUCCUCAUUCAGUUUCCUUCGCAACCUCCAGGGCACCCGGAAGAUAAGUUCCACCAGGGAAGAUGUGGAGCCCUUCCUGUGCAUCCUUCUUCCAGCCACCAUCCUGCUCUUCCUGGCCUUUCUGCUGCUUUUCCUGUACCGCCGCUGCCAAGCUCCUCGGCCCCAGGGGCAGGUGUCAGGCAUCGACCUCCCAGAGCAGCCACCUGCCAGGGAGGGGACCGACUUCCUGCCGGGCUUACCGUGGAGCAGUGAGCAGGACUUCCCCUACUCCCCGCUGCCCCGGGGGGCAGCCCUCCUCCCUGCAUGUUCACCGCCUUCCUAUGAAGAGGCCACCAGGGACACCUCUGGGGGAGGAGGCCCCGGAUGCCGGCCCUCAGCGUGA